CGUACAUAUUAAAAAACCACCGCGCGUAAUUUGCUCUCCCCACGAACUAACGCAACCGCGAAGCCCUCACUCCGCCGGCAGCGGGGAGUGUCUGUUCCGGUGGUAACGUGACGACAUCCAGGAAAAACAGUGUUUGCUUCCCGCUGGCCUCGGCGGAGCCGCCUCCUGCCCCGCGGCUGGAGCUGCCUGAGGGAGCGCCGGCCCCGCGCCCCGGUUCUGCGGGAGCUCCUCUGACCGUCCCCCCGCCCCGAGCCCGCACAGCCCCCGCCGGGCCCGGUGCCGCCUCACGCCGUGUCCCGGCCCCGCGGGAUGGCGGCGGGCGAGGAGCAGAGCCGAGAGUACCUGCGGCGGCACCGGCUCCCCGAGCUGCUGCAGCACCUCGGAGCGCUGCUGCUCUUCCACCGCCCCGAAAGGCCACGCGAGUUCCUGAUCCGGGCGCUGGAAAGGGUGAAGGCUGGCAGGCGGGCCGAGGGGGAGUACCCGGACCUGAUGGACGAGGCCAACGUGGAGGCCAUGUUCAGCCUGCUGGAUGUGCUGGGCCAGGGCCACAUCACGCCAGUGCAGUACAGGGAAGCUCUUAAAACUUUGGGACUGAGCACUGAGCAUCUGGAAGUUGGAGAUGAUGAAAAUAUCACACUGGAGGUAUUCAAGGAAGGAGUGAAGAAAAGGAUGCUGGAGAGUUGGGCUGUGUAUUAGUUUGAGCAGUGGUCUGCGAUAUAUAUGAAAAUAGGCAUCUGCCUCAGUUUUUCUUCUGGCUUGGCAGCUGUGGAUAGCUGAUUUUAAGCAGCAUUCUUUUUCUUGUCUCCCCCUGCUUCAGAUGAGCAAUCAGCUGAAAAGGACAAAUGACAAGAACUUGUUCAUGUCUACCAGGCAGUGGAGGGAUACUGUUUGAGAAUUGCUUUUCUUAAUACAGUUAGAUGGUUUAAAAAAAAAAAAGAGAUCUCUUACGUAACUAAAAUAGUGGUUUGGAGUUUCCUCCUUCAGGUUACAGCUUACAGUACAAGAUUGUUACCAGCUGGCUCAUUACUACUGAAUAAAAUUAAGUUGUUUUGG